CAGAACUCUUCCCCCUCCUUUCCCACCUUUUUAACCAACAUCAACAACAACCCCAUCCGCAAGACAUCAACCAACCACCUCCAAAAUGCCAUACAAAGCUGUAGUCAUGUAUCCGAACGAAGCGGACGCCACCUUCGACGAAACCUACUACAAGCAGACGCACAUGCCCCUGGUCGAACGGAUCUGGGGAAAAUACGGCCUGACCACGUGGCAUAUCCAGAAAUACACCAACGACCUGGACGGAGCGCCCUCGAAGUAUUCGAUCACGACGACCUUGGAGUGGACGAGUGAAGAGGCAGUCCAGACUGCUCUGAAGGAUACCGAAAGCGCUCUGAUCUUCCAGGAUAUCCCGAAUUUCACCAACACGAAGCCUAUUACUCUCCUCGGAGGGCCUCUUUAAGUGGACGGAAGAGGGAAUUAUUGGCUUCUACCCGGGAAAUAAUCUUUGAAAUGAGCUUUGUAUCUUAGUCAUGUUAUGGAUAUGAGGAAACGGGAUGAAUAUCUUGAUGAAUGGAAUAUAAGAUCUAUGAACCGUGC